CCAUCCUACAACGCUCCCUCCGUCAAUCUCCCCGGUUGCCAGGGACAACGGCGCCCGCGCCCCUCCCGCAGGCCGAGGGCGGGAAAACCCGCGCCGCCAUGGGGGAUGUUCAUGAGGUGCCGCGGCCGCGCAUCGCUACCGCUCACCUGGCGCAGAACAUCGGGAAGCCUGUCUGCUUCGUGGGACGUGUCGUCAAGAUUCAUCCUACUGGGAAGCUUUUCGUGCUUUCGGAUGGAGAAGGGAAGCAUACGACUGUGGAGCUGAGCGAACCGCUAGAUGAAGAGAUCUCAGGAGUCCUUGAAGUAGUAGGAAGAGUAACAAAUCAGGCAACCAUCAUGUGUAUGUCAUACGUCCAGUUCCGAGAAGAUAAAAGUCCAUUUGAUUUGGAACUCUACAAUGAAGCACUAAAAAUUAUUCAUGAAUUCCCAGAAUAUUUCCCAUGUGGUAUUGGGAGGAACAAUUGACUUUUCUUAGCAUAUAUUUAGUGCAUCAGAAGGUUCAACAGUACCCCGACUUUCUUACCUGGCAGCAUGGUAGCAGUUGCAUUUCCUUCUAGUAAAUAUGCUGAAAUGCUGUUACAUGUGCCACGUAUUGAUGGUGAAGAAUGUUUUCUUUUAAACUCUUUUUAUUCAGCAAGAACAACACUUCUGUGGGUAUCUCACUGUCUGUAUAUAUUUAACCCUUUUGCAUCGAUAAGUGUUCUAUUACAGAAUUGGAAUUGCUGGAAACCGAAGUUUCAUAGGCAUUUUUUUCUUGUUGGUAUAGGUUCAAGGAUAGUUUAGAGGACUACAAACUCAUAUUGAAGAUAUUGGGUAGGGUUUUAAUGUAAAGUUUUUUUUUUCAUUUGCUUUGAUACAAAUUUAUUGAACACAGGGUAUUUUGCAUCUUGAAAAUGGUCUAUUCUCCAAUAAAAAAGAUCCAACUUGAUUUAACUAUUUGUGUCAAAAUACUGUAUCUUAAGAGUGCUGUUUUCAGUGAUACUUGGUGACUCCUGUUCUAUCUUACCUGAUGCAGGUAACUUUAACAAAGUUAAGUACAAGGUACUUGCCUUUUGCAGUGAUGUUAAGCUUGGAAGAUGCUAGUUAGGCUUGGGGAUUUUAAGCGCUGUCAAGUUCCCAUCACAACCUUAAUUCUUGGUGGGAGUCUAAGCAGAAGUACAGGCAGAUUCAGCCAGCUUGUCAUGAUGA